AUGCACGAUGAUCGCGAGUACCAGCUUCUUGAGGCAGGUCUGAAGGAGGGCUUUAACGUGCAGGGAGGCUCUGGGAAGGGGCAAGGGGAGUUGCCAGAUGUUGUUCAUAAUAAGGAGCCUGAUAACGGGAUGGGGAGCGGGAAAGAGAGCGAAGGGCAGAGGUUAGAGGUGAGGGAGACCGAGGAGGGGGUUUUGGAGGCGCCUCAUAAGCUGGAUAGGGAAACGAGGAGUGGGAGGUUGGGAGGGGGAGAGAGUGAUGGGGAGAGGGAGGCGUUAGUGUGUAAGGUGGGGCAGGUACACGAGAGGUCUUUUGAAGCGCAUCAGAAGCCGGAUAGCAUAAGGGAGAUCGGGAGGGGAAGAGAGGGAGACAGCGGUAAGGGGAGGGAGGAGGCGAUAGAGUGCGAGGUGAGGCAGAUCUACGAGGGGCUGUGCUUGGACCUUGCUGCUGCUGGCGACGAGGAGGCCUGCAGCGCUGACAGGAGCGCUGACGUGGCAGGCCAGCGUGGAAGGCACGCUGACGUGGCAAGGCAUGGUCUAGCUGGCGCUGAUGAGGCUCUGUGCAUAGGAGACGUUGCUGACCUGGACUUCAACAGGGGGGAAGGGGUAAAGGUUGAUGAGGGGCAGAGCGAGGUUCAGGGCGUUCUGAGUGCGGUGGAACUGGAUUCAGUGCGGUUGCUGGCCUCCCUCCCGUCUCUGAACUCCAGCGACCUCGCCUCUGCCCUGCCUGCUCUCGGCUCUGUUAACCCUCUGCCCAACACAGAGGGUGUUAUGGAGUCGACUCGGAAGUCGUCCGCUCUCGCCCUUGUUGGCCCACCACAUGACACAGAAGCUAUUGCGGAAGGCAUUGAAGCCGCCUCUAGGCUGCCGGCUCACACAUGGGGCUGUUCUCAAGACGCACUUUUGCAGCACCAGCCGCAGUGCCCGCAGUGUGACCCGGCUGUAGCGGCAUCUGACCUGGCUGUAGCGGCAUCUGACCUGGCUGUAGCGGCAUCUGACCUGGCUGUAGCGGCAAUCGAGCCAGAUAUAGCAGCACCUGAUCCGGAUGUAGCAGUACCUGAUCCGCCUGCACUGGCAACUGAACUGGCUGUAGCAGCAAUCGAGCCAGAUGUAGCAGCACCUGAUCCGGCUGUAGCAGCACCGCUGGAUCCGGCUGUAGCGGCACUGUCAGACAUACAGCUGCCGCCCGGGUUCACAGAGGGCGAGGCAGCAACGGAGUACUUCCCACCGUCGUCUGACCCGCCAGUUGACACGCUAGACCCCCUUGUGGAAACCCAGAACCCCUUUGCUGUGACCUUUGAGUCGACUCAAAAGUCAACGUCGUUUGACCCGCCUGUUGACACGCUCGACCCCCUUGUGGAAACUCAAAACCCCUUUGCUGACACCCACAGCCCACUCGUUGAGGCGCCUCACAAGUAUGACCCGCCUGUCGACACGCUAGACCCGCUCGUGGAAACCCAGAACCCUUUCGCUGACACCCUUAGCCCCCUUGUGGAUGCUGAGGAAAACGUGCUGGGCGGACGCGGAGGGGAGGGUGGAGGGGGAGAGGGAGGAGUGGGAGGUGGAGGAAGGGGAGGAGAAGAGGAAGACAGUGAGGAGGGAGCUGGAAAAAGGGGGGAGAACGAGGGAGGAGAUGUGGGAACGGUAGGGCAAGGAGGGCACAAUGAUAAUUGGGAGAGGAAGGUUGCAGAAGGGGUUGGGGGCGGUGCGGCUGGGCAGGAAGGGGCAUCGGCAUUAUCAUAUUUUCAAGCAUCUCUUCAACCGACAUCAAGUGUUUCUGGAUGGCUUGCAGCAGAGGUUGGAACUAAGACUGGUGCCAAUGCUGCUGCUGCUCAUUCUUGUUCUGAUGCUCGUGCUGCUGCCAGUGCUGCUGCUGGUGGUGAUGGUGUUGGGGAGCAAGGCCCUUCAGCUGGUGACACAGCCAAAGGAGGAAGAGGAGGAGGAGGAGGGGGAGAAGGGGGACAACCAAGCGAUAGCAGCAGUGGAGUAAAGCCCGACCAAUCAGAGCCAGGGGAUGAUCUAUCGCACGGGUCUCAGCCCGGGGUGAAGCAUGGGUUGAGUGCGGUGGAAGGGAGUGCAGGGGCACAUGCCAUGCUGCCGCCCGCAGGCAUGGUGGCGCCGCCCUACGAGCACAUGCGCCAGCCUGGCAUGGCUGUGACUCUAGCGGAUGUGCUUGAUGCGAGGGAGCCGUCAGUGCAGGCGGGUGUGACUGUAGACGAGCAGGGGCUGGGGUCCUUGGGAUUCCCCACGUCGCCCCUGGAGGGACUGGGUUUAGAAGAAGGAUUGGGCUUUAAGCAGGAGUUGGGUUUUAAGCAGCAGCUGAGCCUUGGUCUGGGGCUGGGCUUUAAGUCAGCAAAUCUACCACGUGCAAGCACACUGCCAGGUGUGCAGCACGCCAUGUCAGUGGUGCCAGAGCUGCAGCAAGCAAUCGCCUCUUCGCCUCUAACACCCGCUCCCCCCCUUGCCCCUCACCCCCCCUCCCUUCCGCCCACGCCACCUCCCAGCCCCGUUCCAUUCCUUGCCUCCCUCCCCACCAGCCAUGCCAGCCCCGUCCCUCCCCCAGCAGCAACACCUGCCACCCAGAUCACUGUGCCUGCCCAAGUCCUUCUCUCCCACACCCCUUCACUCGCACCAUCCACAGCUAUCCAGGUGACACCUGCACGAGUCACUGCCUCCCCUUGGUCCACUAUUACAGUCAUGCCGUCUGUUAGUGCCCACUCGGCUGCUGAAGGGCAUGUUGAGGUGCACGCAGGGCGUGCAGGAUGUGACAAUAACGAGAUGCUGCUCAAGAUUGGAGUGGAGGGGAGUAAGGAGGUGGUGGUAAGGCAGGGCGGGGAUGCCACCAGAGAGGUAUUCACUGUGGAAGUGAGUGCAGGGCAAGUUAAAUUGGGGAUCAAGAGUGGAGAGGAUGUGACUUUAGUGGUGGGAAAGGGAGUGGGGGAAGGUACCACUGCAAGGGUGGAGGAGGGCGGAUAG